ACCAGACGUGUGUGUGUGUGUGUGUGUGUGUCCACUGACAUUCUGCUUUUUCUCUUUUUAGAACACAAAGUAAUUAUUGUCGGUUUGGACAAUGCCGGGAAGACCACCAUCCUCUACCAGUUUUUAACAAAAGAAGCCGUGCAGACUUCUCCCACAAUUGGCAGCAAUGUAGAGGAAAUUGCAGUAAAGAAAACACGCUUCCUCGUCUGGGACAUUGGUGGUCAGGAGAGUCUCAGAGCUACCUGGAACUCGUAUUACUGUAAUACAGAGAUUGUCAUCCUGGUUGUUGAUAGCACUGAUCGAGAACGCCUGACUGUAACUAAAGAGGAGCUUCAUCGCAUGCUUGCUCAUGAGGAUCUGCAGAACGCAUCCGUGCUGGUUUUGGCGAAUAAGCAGGACAUGAAGGACAGCAUGUCUGCUGCAGAGAUCUCUCAGAGUCUGACUCUCAGCUCGCUCAACGCUCACUCCUGGCAUGUCCAGGCCUGCUGCGCACUCACUGGAGAAGGUUUACCAGCCAGUCUAGAUUGGAUGCGUUCCCGUGUUGUGGCGAAUUAGUCCAGCAGCAGUGCUUCUCAAACCGAACUGCUGAAAGAGAGAUAAGGCCUACUUAAGACUUUGAUCCAGCUAUCAGUGCCUCUGUCUGAGUAAUCUUCAAAUACUGAAUCCUGGAGGAACACGCUUCAUCCACUUACUCUUUUAACAAGCCUGGAGACUCUGUGUGUGUGUGUGUGUGUGUGUGUGUGUGUGUGUGUAUAAACAUUUGUGUUUGUACAUGAUGUGACUCCGUUCUAGAGGUCCACGUGUUUACAUUACAGACUUCUGAAAUGAUCUGACCUGAUCAUGAUGUGUCGGUGCCACUGUAUUGACCUCUGGAUGUGCUGACGGCUCCGCUUCUCACAUGGAGUUAUUGUCUACAGGCAUCCAUCUGAAAUGGGUGGGGUGAUGGUUCACAUGCCCGUACUGAUUCAUGACGAGCCACUAAGCUAUUGAACAAGCAUUACUUGAAGUAUUUAAAGGGAAUUGAUUUGUGUAUGUUGUACAGAUGAGUGCAUGCAGAAUGGAACAUGUUCAAGUAUUUUAUUUUUGAAAGUAGACUGGAUGUUCAUAGUGUGUUUUCUUAUAUAAUUUUGUACAAAAAACGUUUUGUACAAAUAAAAAGCUACUAAA